UGCAGACAGUUGGAGGCUUCUGCGCACUGUGAGUUUCAGCAUGUGCUGAACCCGCUCUGCCAUUUUACAUGGCCUACCACUUUGUGGCUUUGUUGCUUCCACUUUGUUUUAAUACCACUAACAGUUGACCAUGGAAUAUUUAGUAGCAAUGAAAUUUUAGAGAUGGACUUAUUGCACAGGUCGCAACCCAUCACAGUACCAUGCUUGAAUUUACUGAGUUCCUGAGAGUGGCCCAUUCUUUUACAAAUGUUUGUAGAAGCAGUAUGCAUACCUAGGUGAUCGAUUUUAUACACCUGUGGCCAUGGAGGUGAUUGGAACACCUGAAUCCAAUGAUUUGGAGGGGCAUCCUGAUACUUUUGGCAAUAUAGUGUAUUAAGCAUUCAUCUGCAAU